AUGGCCGCAGUGAGGCGGCAGCAGCUGGUUGAGGGGCUGCACUCCAGUGACUCCGCCACUCGCCUGCAGUCGCUGCGUGGCAUCAAGAACUGCGUGAUUGGGAACAAGCGGCAGAAGCUGCAAUACAUUCAGCUGGGCGCAGUGCAGCUGGUGGUGGGGGUGCUGGCCUCCCCUGCCGCCGACGCCGCCCAGCUGGUGCAGGCAGCGGCGGCGCUGGGCAGCUUUGCCGCCAACGACGAGGGCCUGCAGGUUGUGCUGCAGCACGGCGGCAUCCCCCACCUGCUGCGGGUGCUGCAAAACAGCGAGGACAGCAAGGUGGUGGAGGCUGCGGCCCGUGCGCUCAAGGCGGUCUGCCGGUCCCCGGCGGCGCCUACCUGUGAAAUUCUGACUGCCUCGGGUGUGCUGCUGCGCCUAGUGUCACUUCUGGACUCGAGUACCAGCAACGUAGCAGACUGCGCGGCAGCGGUGCUGGCCUGCUACUGCCAGGGCCCGGAGGAGCAGGGCGCGGUGGCAGCGGCAGGCGCUGUGGCGCCGCUGGUGGCCCUGCUGUCCUCGCCGCAGCGCGCCAAGCAGGAGGCAGCUCUGGAAGCGCUGGCAGCGCUCAGCCGCGGCAACGCAGACACCUCAGCUGCUAUGCUGCAGGACGGCUCGGUGGUCAGCAGCCUGCUGCGGGCCAUCAAGCAGGGGGGUACGCCGCACACACGCUUUGUGGCCGCCGUUUGCCUGGCCAACCUGAGUCGCAACCUGCCGGUGUGGCACACGGAGCACAGCCAGCAGGACCUGCAGCAAGCUGUGCUGCCCGUGCUGGUGCGGCUAUUGGGGGAGGCAGAGCUGGCAGAGGAUGUGCCAGGCGCGCUAUGCCAGCUGGUGGAGCACAGCGUGGAGCUGCAGCAGGCGGCAGCGGAUGCAGAUGCCAUUGUCAAGCUGGCUGCCAUCCUGAGGGAGCCGCCCCGCCCCGCACGGUUGGUGGAGGGAGCGCUGCGCUGCCUUGCCACGCUGUGUGCCAACCGGGAGGAGCACCGGCGGCAGCUAGUGGAUGCCAAGGUGCUGCCACAGGUGGCGGCAGCGCUGUCCGAUACGCGUCCCUCCACACGAGCAGCAGCCUGCAUGUGCAUGCGCAGCCUAUCGCGGAGCACAAAGCUCCUCAGGGGCCACCUAGGCGACGUGGAGGUGGCGGCGCCGCUGCUGGCACUAGCGGCAGACCCGGACGCGGAGGUGGCGCUGCAGGCGGUGGGCACGCUGGCCAACAUGGCCGUCGACUUCUCGGCGGUCAAGGAGCAGCUGCUGGCGCACGACGGCGUGGCGCGCUUCGCGGCGCUGGCCGACUCCAUGCAGCCGCAGCUGCGUCUGCACGGCGUGUGGGGGCUGUCCAGUGUGGCCUACAUGGCCACGCCAGAGGUCAAGCAGUCCAUCGCGCAGCAGCUGCCCUGGAGCAGCGUGGUGGUGCUGCUGGAGGACCCGGAGCCGGAAGUGCGGGAGAAGGCCAUGCUCCUGCUCCGAAACAUGCUGUACAAUGCCGAGCAUAACAUCCAAGCGGUGCUCAACUGGUCGUGCAACACGCUGCUGGAGGCCGUGCGGGACGUGCUGGAGCGCAGCCGGGGGCAGGCAGGGCUCAAGCAGCAUGCCAUGUAUGUGGUGGUCAACAUGGCCAGCAGCACCGCAGCGCACAAGGCGGCAGUGAUGCAGUCCGGCUGGCCGGCGCUGCUUGUGGAGCAGCUUAGCGACGGCGACGAGCGGGUGCGGGAGGCGGCUGUCUGGGCCAUCAUCAACCUCACCUGGAGCCGGGACGGCGAUGCCGAGGAGACGGCGGCGCGGGUGCAGCAGCUGCGGUUGCUGGGGGUAGAGGAACAACUCAAGAGGCUGGAGCAUGACGAGUGUGUCUCGGUCAAGGAGCGGGCCACCACCGCCCUGGAGCAGCUGAGGGCAGUGGCCGCGGCGGAUGAUGAGAUGGAGGCGGUGUGA